AUGAAGGGCGGCUCCGUGUGUCUGAACGGUGACAAUGACCCGAUCACGUGCAGUGACUACCAGAUCAGAUACUACUGCAAGUGUGAAGAAUUGCCCACCCUGCCAGGCGGCCAUAUUGGGUCCAACACGCCCACAUUAAUUCCUCCUGGCGGACCUACAAAAACACCAUACCUUGACAACGGCUCUGCAACCAACCACAUAUUUUCCACAACACCAACAGAGGCUCCAGUGCCGUGCACUAGCCAGUGGUCAAGUUGGAUCAACACGGACACCCCGGACAGCGGCGAUGGCAAUAGAGAGCGUUUGGCCUUCUGUCCGGCUGGCAAGAUCACCGCUGUGGAAUGUCAGACAGUGGACGGCAUCGCCUCCUACAGUGCUGGAGAAGUCACGCAAUGCACCAUGGAGGGCGGCUCCGUGUGUCUGAACGGUGACAAUGACCCGAUCCCGUGCAGUGACUACCAGAUCAGAUACUAUUGCACUUGCGAAGCCCAUCCCACCAAUCCUCCGGUUACCAUUUCACAUGGAACGCCAACCCCAACGCCUGGAGUCACCACAAGAACUCCAACAGUGACCGUAGCUACGCCAUACCGCACGAAUGUUACUGCAACAGCCACUGGCGUCCCGCUAGCAUGUGUCGGCGCUUGGUCGUCAUGGAUCAACACGGACACCCCAGAUGGCGACGGUGACGUUGAGUCGUGGAGCGUCGUCCAGAAGUCCGUGUUCUGCCCGAUGGGCAAGGUGACCUCUAUCGAGUGUGCGACUGUGGACGGUAUCGCAUCCUACAGUACCGGUGAAAUACAGCAAUGCACGCUGGAGACCGGAUCUAGAUGCAUGAACGACGACAACUUCCCCGUUCAGUGCAGUGAUUACAAAAUCAGAUACUUCUGCGACUGCAAAGUUCAACCGACUCUACCCGCAACUGUCGGCUCCAACACACCAACAUUGACUCCUCAUGGUUCUACCCAGAAUCCAUAUAAACAAUUGACCACCAGCCAGACACCAUUGCCAUGCACCAGCCAGUGGUCAUCCUGGAUCAACAAGGACAAGCCCGACACCGGUGACGGCGACCGAGAGUCGUGGACCGCUGCUCAGCGCUCGGCCUUCUGUCCGGCUGGCAAGAUCACCGCUGUGGAAUGUCAGACAGUGGACGGCAUCGCCUCUUACAGUACUAGGGAAGUCACGCAGUGCACCAUGGAGGGCGGCUCCGUGUGUCUGAACGGUGACAAUGACCCGAUCCCGUGCAGUGACUACCAAAUCAGAUACUAUUGCAAGUGUGAAGCCCGCAAUGAUUCGUCGGGUGCCGGCAAUCCGCUGUCGGUGCAGAACACUAAACUGUCGUCGUCGGCGGAUGUUACACACGCGGGCGGAUGGGCUUCCAAGUCCCGGGACUUCAAAUCCUAUAUUCAGGUAGACCUCCUCGCAUCCUAUGACGUCACGGACGUGGCAAUUCUGGAACGGGCGGACGGACGGGAGUGGACGGUAGCGUACACAUUCCUGUUUAGCACAGACGGUGUCCACUUCAGUCCGUUACUGAACACUAGAGAUGGCGGUGAAGCGAAGUUGUUCGACGGAAACGCUGACCCUAACACAUCGGUCACCAGCAAUUUCACCGCCAUGACUGCACGAUGGAUAAGAAUUUAUCCGAAUGCAUCGAUGGGGUCCAUCGCUCUGGGUUUCGACGUGUUGGGUUGCCAUGGAAACACGGUCAUAAGCACUGCACAAGAAACCCGGCAUGUGCAAUCACAGACCAGUACAUGGACCCUCAGCAACCUUCAGUCCGGGCUCGCAACUUCCGGUGUCGCAGUUCUUACGCUUAUUGCACUGAUUGUGACGGUCGCUCUCUGCAAGAAGUAUCGUGAGAACAAAGUCGCUGCACAGAACGGAACUGAUGUGCUUCUUUGAACGCCGGAUUUCCAUAUAAUUGUGAUAUCAUUAAGAAAUAUAAGCCAGGUUAGCGCUGCACUUAAAAUCGGAAUCAAUAGAUCAACCAAGACAUUUUAUUAAAUUAAAGGACGCUUACCCACCUGUACUCUAGAAACAAGUUUAGACCAAAACAAUAAAAUUGAUAAUGUCUGUUUAGAAUUUGUUCUAUAAUUAUUGUAACAUCUGCGAGGGAAUAAACAUAUUAUGUAUUUAACAAUAACUUCUCCUAUAUCUCCUUGCAAGCAAUGCCCUAUAAAUUCGAGUUAGUUCCGCGCCACCUCCUGUCCUUAGCGCAACUUUCUUGGCAUUAUCUACAUCUUGUGUGGGCACUUGUAAAAUUGUCAAUUAGAUCUGCAACAAACAAAUGUUUUUGCGCAAGUAACAACUUGUGCAUGUUCAAAGCAAUCGUUAUUUGUAGUUAUACUUGGGUGGAAAUUUGCUCGUCACACAG